AUGGAGUCAUUCUCGGAGUUCAUUGAUGUGUCGUGGUUGAUUGAUUUGCCUUUGGUGGGUUGCCCAUUUUCUUGGUCUAGUGGUCGUUUUCCUCCUACGCUCUCUUGCCUUGACAGGUUCCUUGUGUCGAGCGAAUGGGAGGAGAAGUUUUCAGAUGUUGUUCAGGCCACCUUGGCUUGUCCCUUAUCUGAUCAUGUUCCACUGAUGUUGGACGGCGGUGGGUUGCGAAGUAGAAGAUCCCCUUUCAGAUUUGAGAAUAUGUGGCUUCGUGCUAAGGGUUUUCUGGAACGUGUUUGGAAUAAAGAGGCUUUCGGUAAUUUGGUUUGGCGGAAGAAUCGGGUUUUUUCUGAGAUUGCCGACAUUGAUCGGAUGGAGGGUCAGGGUAUUUUGUCGGAUUCCUUGACACUUAGGAGGGUGGAGUGUCAGACGGAGUUUGCUGUCAUGGAGGAGAUUUCGUGGAGAAGAGGCAAUCAUAUUGGGAGGAUCCGGGUGGAUGAGGCAUUGUUUUGUAAGGAGGAGGAGAUUUGUAAGGGUAUUGCAGAUUAUUAUUCGUUGUUGUUCACUGAGUCUGAUGGUUGGAGGCCUGUGCUUGCAGGGCUUCACUUUGAUUCUAUCUCGGGUGAGGAUUGCUCUGUUCUGGAGGAGCUUUUUUCUGAAGAGGAAGUUUUGUCAGCGGUGAAGAGCUGUAACGGGGAUAAAGCCCCAGGUCCAGAUGGUUUCUCCAUGAGAUUUCUUUCAGAGUGCUAG